AUGGCGGCGAGUACUCGGCGAGGUCUUUUGCUGCUCGGGACGCACAGCUGCGUUGUGCAGUCUCUGCACAUCGUCUUUGUGGCUCUCUUUACUGAAUACUACGUACAUGGCUUCCUACUCGUCGUGGACACGCCCAAUGUGAACACGGCAGGUCCCACCGACAUGCGUGGAUGGCGCUUGCGUAUGUCCAAACUAGGCCUUUGUGCUCUCAUUGCCGCUCAGCUGGUGUACAUAGUUUGCAGUGCCCUUGAUCGAGCCGGCGUCGUCGCAUUCUCAUCUGUCGCCGCACGCGCGUGGCGACUGGCACCACAGCAGUGUCUGGGGUCAAAUGAACAUCGUUUCACGUUUGUGUUUGGCGUGUCGUGGUGGGUGCUGCGACUCCCUCUCGUGCCGUCAGCCGUGUCUUUUACACUGGCGACCGCAGUCUUUAGUAUCUUCUCGGAUCGCUGCACCGCAUUUGCUCAGAACGCAGCGCGCGAAAUGGCGGCGCAGCGACCCAAGGAAGAGCCGUGGGUGCAACUUGCGUCGCGUGCCGCGUCGGGUGGCGCUGCUGUAGUGGUGCUCGUCGCCGCGCUGCUGUACGACGGCUCCUCUCCAAAGAGGGAGCCCCUUCGCGGGUUUCAUUGGUACCUUCUCGCUUUGUGCAUCGCGGCCGUGUGUGUCUUCAGUGGCGCGCAACGAUGGCGACGCAGCGGGCACGGAGAGGGCGCACUGAGCGCGGCGCGAGAGGAGUGCAGCGUGGGCUCGCGCUCCGUCUCUGGGUUCGGGGAUGCUGCGAUGGUGGAGUUUCACACCUUUGUGCGGCAGACGUGGCAGCGGCGUUCAAUGAGAGCGUUCCUGGUCGUACGUGGGUUGCACUGUUAUGCUCAUGCAGCUGUGGUUGGGUUCUUUCAUCUCCUCCUCACAUUGGGCUGUGCGCCCCACCUGUCGGCGUCGGUGCGGGCGGUCAUCCUGACUCUUGUUGUUGCAGCGCCGUCUUUCCUCGCGCCGAUGCACGCCGCAGGCGUCAAUGUGGUGGGAAAGAAGUGCCUCGUGCUCGUAAUGCUGCUCGGUAUGUUUGCGCUGAGCCUUGUAUCGCUGAUGGCAGCCUUCCUCACCCGGGGAGCGGCUGAUGUGGCGGCCGCGUCGACAUUUGGAGAGGGCAGCACUGCAGCCAGUUCAGUUGCCGCGAUAUGGCUGUGUGCGGUGCUGCUGACACUGCUGCGUCUUCUGCUCGAUAGUGUGCGUGCCGUGCUUGACCUGGCGCAAGAGGAUGUGGUGGAAGAGGAUGUCGUUAUCUUCGACCGUGCGGCACCAAUGGCGGCGUGGUCAGAGCGACUCUGUGCUGUUGUUACAGCGCCGAUGGAGUCACUCGGCCGCAUCACAGCGCUCUUGCUGCUCGCCUUCACGCAUGCGUUUGAGGGUGUUGCAGUGGUCUCAACCGCCACCACCAGCAGCACCGCAAACCCUCGGGCGGCUUCUAUGACGCCGAAGGCUACGACUGCUUUGGCCUUGAGGCGGGCGGUGUCGUCGAGCGCUUCCCCUGCCGCCGUGGUGACGACGAGCAUGGCUCCCACAGUGCUUGCAUUGCUGAGUCUGCAUACGUGCGGGGUGACGCUGACGAUGCUUGUGGUCUGGCAUCGCUACUACAACCUGGAAGGGAAGCACUUGAGGUUUGUUCAAAUGACCACUCGCAGGCGCAAGGACGAGCAGUCCGUGGCCCUCGUAUGA